AUGAAACUACGUAAACAAGGAGUAUCUGUGGAGGAAGAGAAGCUGUUCGAGAAUGUAAGUAAGGACGAUUCUGGAAUAAUAAAGAAGUUUACACUGGGAGUGUGUGCAAUGGAAGGAAAGGUGGAAAGCGCUCCUAUGGAAUGUAUACUGAAGAGAUUGGCAAAAAGUGGAGAUUUUAACAUCAUAAAAUUUAAAGAAGACAUGAUUUUGAAUCAUGAUAUUGAUUCUUGGCCAAUAGUGGAUUGCUUAAUUGCAUUUUAUUCAACGGGUUUUCCUUUGAAGAAAGCCAUAGAAUAUGUAAAAAAAUACAAACCCAUCACAUUAAACAAUUUAGAAAAACAAUUAAUACUAAGGUCUAGAUUGCAAAUAUAUGAAGAGCUGAAAAAAUGGAAAGUACCACAUGCAAAUUAUGUGGUGGUAGAUCAUGAUACUGUCAAGAGAGGAGAACAUGUAUUUGAAGAAUAUUAUGAUUAUAUUGUCUACGACAAUAUAAGACUUAAUAAACCUUUUAUUGAAAAACCUAUAAAUGCAGAUAAUCACAAUAAUUGGAUAUAUUAUCCAAAAAAUACAGGUGGUGGAUGUAAAAAAUUAUUUCGAAAGGUUAAAGAUAGAAGUAGUGAAUACUGCCCAGAUAUACAUAAAGUAAGAAAUAAUGGAAUAUAUAUUUAUGAAGAAUUUUUAUCUACAUUUGGAACUGACAUAAAAGUAUACACAGUUGGACAAAUGUUUGCACAUGCAGAAGCAAGGAAAUCACCUGCACUUGAUGGAAAAGUAUGUAGAACAUCUGAUGGAAAGGAAGUUAGAUAUGCUGUUAUUCUUUCAGAAUCAGAAAAAAUGAUUGCAUACAGAAUUGUUGAGGCAUUUCAACAAACCGUGUGUGGAUUCGACAUUUUAAGGACGACAAUGGGCCCAUUUGUCUGUGAUGUUAAUGGAUGGUCAUUUGUAAAAGGUAAUAUAAAAUAUUACAAUGAUUGUGCACAUAUCUUAAGAGCCAUGUUUUUAGCUAAAUUGGAAGAAAAAUAUAAUAUUAUUCCUAGAGAUCUUGCAGAUAAUUGGUAUAGUAUAGAAAAUGAAGAAGAAGUUCUGAGAAAAACUUUUAGACAACCAGAUGAUUUGCAUUGUUCCCACCAUGAAGAAUUGUGUUCUGUAAUUAUUGUAAUGAGACAUGGUGAUAGAAAACCAAAACAAAAAAUGAAAUUCUUUACUAAUCGUCCACUUCUCCUUGAUUAUUUCAAUUGUGACGAAAAUCUUUACAAUGUUAUAGAAAGCAAGUUAUCACCAGAUGAAAAACAUAAAAUGAAUGCAAACCUCUUGAAUUCUUCCAAUGACAACCCUUCAUCCAGUUAUACUUUUCAUAACACAGGGGUGGAUUCAUCCAUGUUCCAAUAUGACCAAAGCGUGAAAGUACCUUCUACAAUGAGUAAAAAUUCGUUCAUCUUGCAGAAAAGUGGAGAAGUUAUUGAAAAAGAAGAAGUUGUCAAAAGGGGAAAAGUUACGAAAGACGAAAUAGCUAGUAUGGACAUCCAGAACCCAAAGGAUAACGAAUCCAAUAUUACUACUAAUUCGUCCGUACCAACUGGAAAUAUGAGUACAACUGAUGAAGACAGAUGUGACAAUCUCUAUAAGGUAUAUACGAAAAAGGAAAUAAAAUUCAAAUCUCCAGAAGAGCUGCAGGAUCUGUUCCUCAGAAAUAAUAUCAUAUUAGAAGAAAUAGAAAAGGAGUACAAAGCACUCAAAAGUGAAGAAGCAAAAAUUUCGACAUGGCAAAAUGGGCAGGAAGAAGCAAAAAUUUCGACAUGGAAAAGUGGAGAGGAAGAAGCAAAAAAUUCGACAUGGCAAAAUGGGCAAGAAGAAGCAAAAAAUUCGACAUGGCAAAGUGGGCAAGAAGAAGUAGGAACGGGUGGGGUGGGAAGGAUAUGCAACGUGAAAGACAGCGAAGGAAAUGUUUGUACACAGAAGAGAAUUAAUUUGUGUAAAGAAAAUUGUAACAGUAAGAUGUCGAAGGAAGAGCUAAUGGCUAAACUAAGCGAAUAUGAAAUUACUAUCGAGAAUCAUAAAACACUACAGAAGAUAUUGGAAAGAGGUGAUGGGUUCACAGGUAUUAACAGAAAGAUUCAAUUAAAACCAGUAGAAUUUGUUGUGAUAAAGGACAAAAUUGUAGUAACAAAAAUUCUGACAGUGGCUAAAUGGGGUGGUGAAUUAACAAGAAUGGGACGAAGACAAUCUGAAAAUUUGGGAAAACGAUUCAGGGCAACCUUAUAUCCAGGAGAUUCAGAUGGUUUGUUAAGAUUACAUUCUACUUUUAGACAUGAUUUUAAAAUUUUUACAUCUGAUGAAGGAAGAUGUCAAAUUACUUCUGCUGCAUUUACAAAAGGGUUCUUAGAUUUAGAUGGUGAAUUAACUCCAAUAUUAGUUGCCAUGGUUAUAAGAAAUUCGAAAGCGCAUAGCUUAUUGGAUGAUAAUAGACCAAGCUUUGAUAGAACUAGAUGUAAAUUAUAUAUUGACCAAAUUUUAAAUGAAAAUAAAGACAUUGAUGAGGAAUUGUUGAAGAAACUUACAUCAGGGAAGCAUGCACGUGGAUUUCGAGAAUCGUUAAAAAAGAUUUCAAAUUUUUAUAAACUAAUGGAUAAGGUAAGAAAAACUAUUUAUGAAUUUUUAAAGGGAUUAAAUCAAGAAGUUCAGAAAUGGCUUAAUCUAUUUCCAUAUGAUGAAUAUGCAUUGUAUGUGAUUGAUAUUUUACACGAAAUACAAGUAAGAUGGAAAUCAUUAACAAAGAUGUGGUUUAAAAAAAAUAAAAAUAAAUAUGACACAUCUAAAAUUCCAGAUAUUGUUGAUAAUAUUCGAUUCGAUUUAAUUCAUCAUCACUCUUAUUUGGGAUGUGGACUUGAUAAAGCUUUCGAAAUUUAUAAUCAAAUAGAACCAUUAGCCAAUUUCAUAUCACAAGCAGAAUAUGGAAUCACACCAGAAGAAAAAGUUAAAAUUGGAGUUAAUAUUGUAGGGAAAUUACUCAGAAAAUUAAUACAUGAUGUUACAUUUUACAGAGAUGAAGAAGUGAGAAACAAAAAAAAUAAUAAAAGUUGCAAUGUUUUGAAAAAUGCUCUUAACAUUUCCUACAUGAAUUCUUUUAAUAUAUCAAAGAAUGAUAAAGUAGUAACAAACUCAACAAAUGAAAAAAUUAAACAAAAGGUUCAUGAAAAUACAAAAUUAGAUAUUCAUCAUCAUUAUCCCACUUGGCUAGACAGGGAAAUGCAAAAGGAUACACCCAAAAUUUUUAGCAUGUGUAAAUAUGACUCGAGACAAAUUUUUAUUGAUAAUCGGUUACAUAAAAAUGGAGAAAAUAAUAUCUCCGCAUCUAACAGAAUUCACAGUACCUCUGGUUCAAUCAUCAAUGAGGAAUUGACAACCUCCAAAAUUACCUCCCUUACAAACGAGUUGCCUGCAGAAAGAGCCAAUGCACAUGUGUGCACUAAUCAAAUGGAUUCUCCACGUGGCAGUGAACCCGAUUCCACAUCACACGGUGGGGAAUUUUGCGCCGUCCCAUCUGCACGUAGAACGCACUCGAAUGUUGCCCACAUCAAGGUCACCCCCUCCGAAUCUGCCACUAGCCAUGCAUCUGCCACUAGCCAUGCAUCUGCCACUCGUCCAGAAUCUGCCACUCGCCCCGAAUCUGCCACUUGCCCCGAAUCUUCCACUCGCCCCGAAUCUGCCACUUGCCCCGAAUCUGCCACUAGCCAUACUUCUACCACCCGGAGCAGUGGCAAAUCCACCGUGAGCAAUUCCCAAGCGAAGAAGGCAAUAUAUAAUGAACUCAGCAGAGAAGGAAAAAAAAAGCCCAUAUGUGAUAAACAAAUCAUAGGAAUUCCAAUGAAUGAAGUUCAGGGAGAAAUCACAUCAUCUGAAACGGACGCAGGUAUUAUAGUCUCAAGGAUGAGUGGCAACUCCUCUGAAUCCGGGAAUUUUGCUGGUGAGUCAUGUGAGAAGCACAAUAAAGGACACAUGGACGUGAAAGAUAGAAAAGUUAACCAUGGAGAGAUGUACCAAAAGAAUGAAUUAGAAGAAAGGUUUUGUAAAAUAUCUGAUACGAGACAUUCUAAAAUUACAACUGUGGAUGGUACCACAGUAGGAGAGCGGUGUGGAGUAUACCAAAACUAUGAAUGUAACAAUUGGAAUGACAACAGUAAUUCCAAAUUGGGAAAAAUAGGUUCGGUUACAUAUAACAUAAAUACAAAAGAUAUUUACACUCCAAAAUUAAUUAAUAAGAAAGAAGCAUUGGUUAUUAAUUCUUCUGAUUUGUGGGCCCAUCAGAAUAAAUAUAGAAAGGAAAAUAACGAGAAACAAAAAAUGAAAAAAAUAAAAAAUGCUAAGGAAAAUGAACUUAGCAUUACUGAAAGAGAUGAUAAUAGAGAAAUAUCUAGUUUGCACAAGGAGCGAGAUAACAACAAAGUAAACGGGUUAACUGCACCAAUGGGGGUUCUAGUAAGUCCUACUAGUGGCGAUAUCCCCGGGAAGGAGUUGUUCUGCAACAGCAAUUCGAAAGUUAAGGCAGUACCCAAGGGAAAGAAGCGUGAAGAAGGGGUACAAGUAGGAGAAGCAGCAGGAGAAGUAGGAGCAGGAGAAGCAACUGCUGAAGAAGCAACUGCUGAAGAAGCAACUGCUGAAGAAGCGACCGCUGAAGAAGCAACCGCUGAAGAAGCAGACGCAGGAGUGGGAAGAGAAGACGGCACCGAUUCAAUCGAGCAGGAAUUGACUGAAAAAGGGAUCAAGGAAAGAAUGACGAAGGGCCAAGAGGAAGAUCGCACGAUGCAUGAGGUAGUGAUACAGAAAAGAGAAGAUGAAACAAAAGGGGAUAAUACAAGCCAACAGGUAGACAUGGAAAAGGAAGAAGAUGAGGAGGGAGAGGAAGAACAUGACCAUGAUGAUGAUGAAGACUUAAUUAGACUUAAAGAAACAGAUGCAAGGAGAUUAGGAAUAAGAUCCCCAUGGAGAAUGGUUAGGUCAAGAUAUUACGUUACAUCAGCUUCGCACAUGAUUUCACUUUUAAAUAUUCUUAUACAUGCAAAAAACGCAGAUAGCUCAAUAAGCCAAAAUAUAAUAGAUAAUGAUUCUGUUAAAAGUGUAGGAGAUGUUACAGAUUUACAUUAUUUGUCUCAUUUAGUUUUUAGAGUAUGGGAAAGAAAACAGCUAAAACGAAAUGAUAGUAAUCGGUUCAGAAUCGAAAUUUUAUUCAGUUCAGGUGCAAAAGAUGGAUUCGGGCAAAAUUAUGAACUUUUAGAAAAAGAUGCUAAAGCACAACAACAGAAAUAUGAAAGACAUUUCAGUAAAUAUGUUGAUGAUAAUAAAAAAGUUGGGGUUAUUGGAGGAGGAGAGGUCAACCUAUCCAAACAGGUAAGUUAUGCAAACUCUACAAUGGAUAAGGGGGAGGAAAAGUCUAAAGAGAUGCAACAGGACAAGCCAAGCACAUCCAGCAAUGACAAUUGCACUUUUGUUUCAGACAAGAUAGAAUCGAAUAGCUCCUUGACAAAUUCAAUAACUCCUGUGAAAGAAGACAAAACGAAGAUUCUUAGCCCGAGUAACAGAUUUCUACUUUCAGAUAGUGCACAUGGAAGAACAUCUACUUCUAGCAUGAGAGUGAGUGGAAAUCUACACUUGGACUUGAUGCAUCCAGAAAAAAAAAAAGGAGAAAGUAGUGUAUGCACAAAUGCUAGUAGUAUGUGUGCAAAGGGAAACGUUCGUAGAAACAAUUUCAUGGAAUCCUUUUCACCAAAUUCAGCAAAUAUAUUUCGAAGAGGAGAAGAAGAAGAAGAAGAAGAUUCAAAGUUUUAUCAAGGUAUGUAUAAGAGAGAUUUAUCAUAUGAGUUUAGAGGUAUACAUGAAAAAUUGUGUUCAACCAGUAACAAGAUAACCAGAACAGGAAGUUAUAUCGUUAGAUCUAUUAGUUCCAAUUUAAGGAAAAAGAAAUAUAAACAAAAAGAUGGACGAAAAGUAGAAUAUGAAAAAAAUGAAAAAGAAGACAUUACAAAAGAAAAUUUAUUAACAUAUGAAAAUGAAUGUAAUAUUGAUACAGGGAAACAAGAAACCAAUCGAAAAGUACGUAGAAGCUUUUCAUGCAUUAGUGAUAGAACCUUAUAUAUGCACACAAAACAGGUUGAAUUGGACGGAGAAGAAAAUGGCAAUAAAAAUUUUAAAAAUAGAAGAAAUAGCCUACUCGAAAAUGAAAAAAUAAAAAAUAAAUUUCAAAAUAAUAUGGAAAAUUAUAAUAAUGAUAAUAAAAAGGUAAAUGUAUUUUCACAUGUCUUUCAACAUUUUAAUGAAAGUAAAAAAAAUUCAACAUCCAAUUUGAAAUUCUUUUACAAAACAUACAUGCCUGAUUAUGAAAAAAUAAUUGAAAACGAUAAAAAGGCAGAAACAUUUGAUGUGCCACCUUAUUGUGAAUUAGCGCCCCUCAUAGUGUUAACAAAAAACUGUCAGUUGUCUACUUUCGAAAAUAUAUUGACACAAAUUCUAAACAAAUAUUCCAAGGGAGGUAAGGGCAAGGACAAGGGGAUGAAAGCGGCACCCAAGCAGGGUUGA